AGAGUGAGAGCACAAACGAGGAUUUCGGCUUCAGAAUUUAGUACAGACCCCACGGAUCCUGGACGUACCCACAAACAGCGCUAAGAAGUCACAAGCCGAAACCAAACACCGCAGAUUAAAGAGUGUUUAUCAAGAGGGCGCUUUUUUGCAACAACCGAUGAAGAGAAUACGAUAUUUCAAGAAUAUCAUAUUAUGAAGAAUAUGACGGGCAGUUAGCACCCACCAAAGCCAUGGCAGCGGCUUACCUGGACCCCAACUUGCCCCAUGCUCUGAACCAGGGGGUCAAGCCUCGCUUCAGCGCAGGGAUGGAGCGGACGGCAGGGGCUCUGGAGCGCGUGCUCAAAGUCUUCCACUACUUCGAGAGCAGUAGUGAACCCUGCACGUGGGCCAGCAAUAUCAGACAUGGGGACUCCACCGAUAUCAGGGGCAUUAUACUGAAGAUCUUGGACAUCCAUAAGGUGAGGUGUGUGUCCUGCUUCGGUCUGCGUCUGUGUCACCUGAGGACAGGUGAAGUUCAUUGGCUCCACCCUGACAUGGGUGUGUCUCAUGUGAGGGAGAGGUAUGAGCACAGCCACCCCCAAGAUGACUGGAGACAUGAGCUACGGAUUCGAUACUUGCCAAAAGGGUUUUUAAAACAGUUUACUGAGGACCAGCCAACUCUCAAAUACUUUUAUCAUCAGGUAAAAAGUGACUACAUGAUGGAGAUUGCUGAUCAAGUCGAUCAAGACAUAGCACUUAAACUGGGCUGCAUUGAAAUCAGGAGGUUUUUCAGAGACAUGCGUGGUAACGCCUUGGAUACGAAAUCAAAUUAUGAAUUGCUGGAGAAGGACGUUGGUCUGCGGAGAUUCUUUCCAAAGAGUUUAUUAGACUCAGUUAAGGCUAAAUCCCUGCGGAAAUUAAUCCAGCAUACGUUUAAACAAUUUGCCAAUUUGAAUGAUGAACAGUGCAUUCUCAAGUUCUUUGAGAUCCUAUCGCCCAUAUACAGAUUUGAUAAGGAGUGUUUUAAAUGCGCUCUUGGGUCGAGCUGGGUGAUAGCAGUGGAGUUGGCCAUCGGACCAGAGGAGGGAAUCAGUUACUUGACGGACAAAGGCUCAAAUCCCACACACCUGGCGAACUUCACACAGGUGCAGAGUAUCCAGUAUGAGGAGCGAGAGAGGAAGGGAAUGCUACAGUUAGAUGUGGCAGGAGCAACUGAGCCUCUGACGGUAACAACUACAAGUCUGAACACGGCUGAGAACAUGGCCGAUCUCAUCGACGGUUACUGCAGACUUGUGAGCGGAACUUCCUCAUCAUUUAUUGUCCGUGUACAGAAAGAAGGAGAGAGAGCUCUUCCAUCAAUCCCAAAGGCUCCAAAAUCAGCAAACCAUGAGAAACGCUUACAAGGAGUUCGAGCCAAAGCCAUCUCUAUUUCAGAUGAUACUGGUGAUGAGACAGACGACUACGCGGAGAUCAUAGAUGAAGAGGACACAUACACUAUGCCUUCCAAAUAUUAUGGACUAGAUGAAGCCAGGGACUACGAGAUCCAGAGAGACAGAAUUGAGCUGGGCCGCUGCAUAGGAGAGGGCCAGUUUGGAGACGUCCACCAAGGGAUUUACAUAUGUCCGGAGAACCCACCACUUUCUGUGGCUAUAAAGACAUGCAAGAACUGCACAUCGGACAGCGUUCGAGAGAAAUUCCUCCAGGAAGCCUUGACCAUGCGUCAGUUUGAUCAUCCACACAUCAUAAAAUUGAUCGGCGUAAUUACAGAAAACCCUGUAUGGAUCAUCAUGGAGCUGUGCACGUUGGGAGAGUUGCGUUCCUUUCUUCAGAUUAGGAAGUACAGUCUGGAUUUAGCAUCACUCAUCCUGUUUUCUUACCAGCUCAGCACAGCACUUGCAUACCUGGAGAGCAAACGCUUUGUGCACAGGGACAUUGCUGCACGGAAUGUUCUCGUGUCUUCAGUGGACUGUGUGAAGCUGGGAGAUUUCGGUUUGUCUAGAUACAUGGAGGACAGCUCUUAUUAUAAAGCCUCAAAAGGAAAACUCCCUAUUAAAUGGAUGGCGCCAGAAUCCAUAAACUUCAGACGUUUUACCUCAGCCAGUGAUGUGUGGAUGUUUGGAGUGUGUAUGUGGGAGAUCCUGAUGUAUGGAGUAAAGCCUUUUCAAGGUGUGAAAAAUAAUGAUGUGAUUGGACGAAUUGAGAACGGUGAGCGUCUGGCUAUGCCGCCCAACUGCCCACCAACCCUCUAUAGCCUGAUGACCAAAUGCUGGGCGUACGACCCCAGCAAACGACCACGAUUCACCGAGCUCAAAGGCCAGCUAAGUACAAUCCUUGCGGAGGAAAAGGCUCAACAGGAGGAGCGUAGCCGUAUGGAGAUGAGGAGACAGGUCCCUGUGUCCUGGGACUCCGGAGGCUCGGAUGAGGCACCACCUAAAGACCCCUGGAGGAGACCUUCUAUCCCCCCCAGUGCCACACAGCCUGCUUUCUUCGACCCCCACUAUCCCACAAUGCAGCAGCUGAGGCUGACACAAGUGCACUACAGACCCUCACAGCCCAGCCGACCUGGUUAUCCAAGUCCUCGUUCCAGCGAAGGAUUUUACCCCAGUCCUCAGCAAAUGGGCCAGCACAAUCAUUAUCAGAUGGCAGGGAACUCAGGACCACACGGCUUGCUUUCUGUGCCUGGCGGGAUGUACCCUCCUCAGGCAGCAGGGACGGGACUUGAUCCCUACGACAGCUGGAACCAUCGUAGAGCUCCUCAGGAUCACAUGUGGAACCCCAACAUGGAGCUGAUGGAAGAGCAGUUGUUACUCCAGCAGCAGCAGCAGAUGGAGGAUGAUCAGCGCUGGUUGGAGCAGGAGGAGAGACUACUGAAGCCUGAUGGCAGAAGUUCCAGAGGCAGCACUGACCGUGAAGAUGGAAGUCUUCAGGGACCAACUGGAAACAUCUAUCAACCUAUAGGAAAAGCAGAGCAUGCAGCACCUCCUAAAAAGCCACCUCGGCCUGGAGCUCCCAGCCACCCCACAGGAGUGUCUGGUCUUAACCCAACAGAUAGCUACAAUGAAGGCGUGAAGAUUCAGCCUCAGGAGAUCAACCCUCCCCCAACAGCUAACUUGGAUCGGUCCAAUGAUAAAGUCUAUGAAAAUGUGACAGGGCUGGUGAAGGCUGUGAUUGAGAUGUCCAGUAAAAUCCAGCCAGCUCCUCCAGAGGAAUAUGUGCCCAUGGUGAAGGAAGUGGGAUUAGCACUGAGAACACUGCUGGCAACUGUGGAUGAGACCAUACCCUUACUUCCAGCUCACACACACAGAGAGAUCGAAAUGGCUCAGAAGCUUCUAAAUUCUGACUUGGCCGAGCUGAUAAAUAAAAUGAAGUUAGCUCAGCAGUAUGUCAUGACCAGCCUGCAACAGGACUAUAAGAAACAGAUGCUAACAGCUGCACAUGCUCUUGCCGUGGAUGCCAAGAACCUGCUGGACGUGAUCGACCAGGCCAGGCUGAAGAUGUUGGGCCAGACACGGCUGCAUUAGCCCUGGGCUUAGGGUGCUUUAAGAAAGAGGCAAGAGGAAACCAACGCACAUUACGGCAGCACAGCAGACUGACGCCCCAGAAACACACCAGCACAUACUUAUAUAUUCAUGGGCUCCUUUCACACACUUACUGACUCAAGCUACAUUGCAGAACACGGGUGCCUGUGAAGAGGGCUCUGGAUUUAUUUAAUGGAUGAGCCAGACUGGACCGGACUCAUCAAGACUGAACAAGUAAUUACUGGAUCUCUUCCAGAGCAGUCUGGUCCCUUCAGUGUAGCGUUUGUGGGACUGGGAGAUCUGCUUUAAGUGGAUGGUGACUCGAAGCCAAGAAGGAGAUCUAGGAAUCUGGGGCUGUUCUGAGCUUUAAAAGUCUCUGGAGGAAAAGAGACACACUUACACUGUAUCUUAAAUGUCUGUGUUUCAUUGACAAGCCCGAGCUCCACAAAUCUAGAUACCACUCGGGUCGGAUGCUGGUUGUAGAAUCAUAAAAUAUGAGCUGUAUUUCUAAGACUCUCAGUUUUGCACAGUAGAACUUGAGUUGAGUCUGGAUUUGCAAAACAUGAGUUUGAGACUUGUUUUGCAUCGCAGACUCCACACUUCUCUCUAGGACUGAGAAGGAGAGUGUUAAAUAUUUUGCACUUGUGCCACCUAGAGGUAAAAUAAAGCUAUGACUGAAUUAAAAGAAA